AUUCAGGGAAUUCACCCCUGAUUGGACCAGAACACAAGCUGUACCGACACCUGUUUCGCAACUAUACUGCUGACUCCAGACCUGUGAGGAAUGCAAGCCAUGUGGUUGUAGUCAAGUUUGAUCUUUCACUGAACCAGCUGCUUGAUCUGGAUGAGAAAAACCAAAUCUUGACAACAUCUGUGUGGAUCUAUGAGGAAUGGACUGACGAAAUGCUGAAAUGGUCCCCGUCUGAUUAUGAGGAUCAACAUGCAAUUAUGAUACCUGCAUCGAGUAUAUGGCUUCCAGACAUCUUUAUAUAUAACACGGCCAAUGCCAAUAUGGAUGGUUUUGUUGGCAUCAAUGGAAGCAAAGUUUCCAUACAGUACAAUGGUAAUGUGAAAUGGAUGGUUCCACUGAUGGUGUCUAGUGUCUGUUCUGUGGAUGUGACAUACUUCCCGUAUGAUAGACAGAUCUGUACCAUCAAAUUUGGCUCUUGGAUCUAUGACGAUGAACAGCUUGAAAUUGUUUCAGAUGCUACAAAACCUGAUCUGGAACAUUAUGUCAUGAACAGCGAGUACGAUUUGAGGAAUGUCAGUAUCUCUGGAGGGAUUCUUGACAGCUCUUGCUGUCCAGGAAAUGGCCAACAUUCCAUGGUUGUGCUGAAGAUUGAACUGGGCAGAAAAUCAUUGUAUUAUGACUACAUAGUGAUUGCUCCAACAAUCAUGCUUUGUGUUCUGACACUUGCAUCAUUUCUGCUUCCUUGUGACAGAGGAGAGAAGAUGGCUAUUGGUCUGACUGUAUUCCUCACUCUUUAUGUUCUUCAACUUAGGAUUGCUGAUAAUGUUCCAGACACAAAUUCAACACCAAUUUUAGGUGUUUUCUUGCUGACAGUGAUGACCUUCAACUGUGUAUCCCUCAUCAUGGCCACCAUUGUUAUGAACAUUAAAAAACGAGGAGAUGACAACCCUCCUCCUGAUGUCCCUGGCUGGUUCUUCUUCUUGUGUCAUCAUCUCCACGAAAAUGCACAAUGUUAUAACACAUCUGAAGGACAUCCUAAUGAGUAUGCAGGCAAAGAUCCAUUACCUGAUAGUUUGAAUCAUCCUUCUGGAAAUCAGUGUUAUAACAGACAACCUACGUCCUUUUCACGCAGAGGAGAGGACAGAAGAACCAGAAACACAAAUAAUUUAUCCUCACAGUUUGAGACGCAUGAUUCUUACCAGAAAGAAUCGGUUCAACCUGAUAACGGAGAACUGUCUUCCAUGAACAAUAAUAUGACUGAUAUCAGCAGAAAUUAUUUAAAUAAAAGAAGAUGGUUUUAUGUAGCUGAAGUAGUAGAUAAAUUUCUCUUUAUUGUUUACUUAGUGCUUCUUACACUUUCUAUAUUUACAGUUCUCUUUUUGGUUCCUGUUUACUUUAGAAAAGAUAAGUAA